GAGUCGUUCACUCACGAGCCAACAUACGUCAUUGGUAGUUUGUUGCCUCCGCCUGCUUUGUGAUCAUUCGCAGCUCUUUGCUAUACUGUCACAAAAAUGUCUUCGGCGACAACAUUUUCAGGUAAAGACUCACAUAAGCGUGUAAGGAGUGAGACCAACCCAGGAUUCCUGCAACGAUUAAGUGACACUGCAGGAGGAACGUUUGUUGGCGUUGGACUGUUUUUCCUCUCUAUAUAUAUUCUCUUUACCAAUGAGGGACGGGCUGUGCAGACUGCGUCCUCCCUGGAUGAAGGACUCGCUCAGGUAGUGUCACUGGACACUUUUGCCAGCCUCGACCCGCAGAACGACAAAAGCUUGGUUCAUCUGUCUGCACCUUUGCAGACCUCUAAGCCUUUACAUGACCCCAACUACAGAGUCGAAGUGCAGGCUGUAAAGUUAAAGAGGCAGGUGGAGAUGUAUCAAUGGGUGGAGUACCAGGAGAGCAAGAACUAUGAAGAGAACGGAAGUACCAAAACCGAGACUACAUACACCUACAACACGGAGUGGAAAUCAGAGCUGAUCAACAGUCGGCAUUUUGACAAAGAAAUUGGUCAUCAGAACCCAAGCGCCAUGGCGGUUGAGAGUGUGACAGUCGUAGCUCCUCAAGUGCAGGUCGGCCCUUUCACUCUGUCAAAUGGACUGGUGGAACAAAUUAGUAACUUCAGGACACUGAGCCUGAAGGAUUUCACGUCUCUCGACUUGGACCCUUUCCUCACCAUCAGUGAUGAUUAUUUCUAUCACACUCAGCAGCCAAAGAGCCCAGAGGUUGGAGAUGUCCGCGUGAGAUUCUCCUUCGCGGGACUCAGUGGGGAAACUGUCAGCAUUGUGGCCAAGCAGAGUGGGGAGAAGCUGUUGGCCUUCAAAACUAAGUCAGGAGAUGUUCUGGAGAUCUUGUAUCUGGAGGAGCUCUCAGCAGAGGAGGUGUUUGCUAAGGAGCAGCAGCAUAACAGCAUGAAGACGUGGGGUCUCCGAGCUGCGGGAUGGGCUCUUAUGUUUCUCGCCAUUCAGCUGACCAUGCGCAUCAUCUACACAUUGGUGGACUGGGUUCCUAUCCUGAGAGACCUCGUUUCUGUUGGGCUGAAGAUCUUCGCCUUGUGCAUGUCCUCCUCGCUCUCUCUCCUCACCAUCGCAGCCGGGUGGUUCUUUAACAGACCUUUGAUGGCGCUCGCUCUGGGGGCUUUGGCUUUUCUUCCUGUGUUGCUUGCACGCUCGCGACUCCCAGCCAAAAAGCAUCAGUGACUGAAAAACUGGACAUGAGCGGUGAGAUAGUUCUCGAUGCUGGAUAAAAUCUGCAGUUUGGCCAAACAUCCAUCCAUACUUGCAUUAUUCUUUUUCUCCAUACUUCACUCUCUGGUAUAAACAUCACUGAAAAACUUUCUUUGGACCCCGCCCCCGAAAAGACUUUAGUACAUAUGAUACAAGUGCUUGUUAUUUCUACAUAUUUCUGUGUUGCGUUGGAUUCUACUUGAAGAUUAAUAAAUUAAUCCAAAAGGCUCACAGAAGAGGAA